UUAAGGCUUAGUUGCCUAUAACGAUUCUAUGGGAAGUUAAUUCAAAGAUUCACAGCUAAAAUAUCAGUAUAACAGUAAAAUGUUGAAAAUAAACGUUAUUGGGAGCAUUUUUUCAAUGUACGCCAUAGCUCUACUUCAGGCAACCUAUUUAGAUAAAACAUAUCCGAAAAGUGUCACUCAGGAUGCAGAAUUGGAUACGGCUCAACUAAUAGCAAAAUACAAAUACCCCAUAGAAACACACUAUGUCACCACCGAGGACAAAUACAUUUUGUGUUUACAUCGAAUUUCCAAUCGCGGUAAACCUCCAGUUUUCUUGAUGCAUGGCCUGUUGGACUCCUCGGCUGCUUGGGUGAUAAUGGGUCCCACAAAGAGUCUUGCCUAUUAUCUAUACGACAACGAUUAUGAUGUGUGGAUGGGCAAUGCUCGUGGCAAUCGUUAUUCUCGCAAUCACACCGAUCUAAAUCCCGAUAAGGAUGAACUAUUUUGGACCUUCAGUUGGCAUGAAAUCGGAGUUAAUGAUCUACCCGCCAUGCUUGAUUAUGUCUUGAAACAGACAGGCUAUAAAAAGAUCGGAUAUUUCGGACACUCCCAAGGAACUACAGCGUUUUGGGUAAUGUGUGCCAUGCAUCCCAAGUACAAUGAGAUUAUAACCAUGAUGUAUGCCAUAGCACCAGUAGCGUUUAUGAAGCAUUUAAAGGCUCCCUUGUUGCCUUUGGCACAGACGGCUUUAGAGGCGGCUCAAAAUCGCAUAAGUGAAUUUAUGCCACAUACCAAAUGGUUUUGGAAAUCAUGUUUCCUUUCAAAGCUAACAGAGGUGGCUUGUGUUGAAGCUCUGUUCCAAAUAAUGGGUAGAGAUGUGCCACAAACCAACAUGACCAUGCUUCCCGCAAUCUUGGGUCAUUUUCCUGCCGGCUGCAAUCUUAAGCAGAUAACUCACUAUUUGCAAUUAGUUGAAAAUGAUCGAUUUUGUCUUUUCGACUAUGGUCUGGAGGAGAACAUGAAACUAUAUAAACAAUCCUCGCCUCCAGAUUAUCCCCUGGAAAAGAUUACAGCACCAGUAGGUCUUUACUAUACCCUAAACGAUUAUCUAACGAAUGACGUUGAUGUAGAACGUUUGGCACAACUCCUACCCAAUGUGGUUAAGAAAAAACUAUUCCCCAGUAAGACAUGGAACCACAUGGCCUUAAUUUGGGGUAUUGUUGCUCGGGAAGCUGCCUAUAAGGAUAUGUUGGAAACGAUGAAGAAAUAUCCCUAUACCACUGACACAGUUUGAUUUAUAUUUGAAAGAUUUGAAAAUCAAAAAGAAUCUUAGAUAUAAAAAUCAA